AUGCCUCGACCCGCCAAAAGACGGCACGCCGCCGCGGCAGACACGACUCCCCAACCCAUCAGCUCCUUCACACGCGUCUCCAAGUCCCACGCCGCUUCCGACCCCUCGCAGAAGAAGGUCCAAGUCGAGGUACAGCUUCCCGUGAGCCGCAAGAGAAAGGCCGCCUCCUUUGAGGAGCGGGAGCAGGAGCCUAGCCUGGCGCGCCGCACCGUGUCCUUUCCCCCCAGCAGCAGCGACGAGGACGACGAGGAGGUCCCCGCCCCGAGCAAGCGUGCCUGUCGACGCACCGAGGACCACGACGCCCGCCUCACACCCGUCAAGCCCGCGGCCGUCAAGGGAAAGCGCGUCGCCAGGGCGGCGCCUUCGAGGGCGCAGACGGCACACCGGCCCAGCGAGGCAACCAUCAUCGCGUCCACGCGACGGCAGGAGAAGACGGUACAGACCAAGAUCGACGCCGCAUACAACAAGAAGAUCAGCAAGGCCAAGAAUGACGACAAGGACGAGACCCCCUUGCCGCCUCAUCUCGCCGACCUGGUCCGCCUGAACAAGGCCUUCCUCAAGACAGUCACCAUCCAGAUCGCCCACAGCGGCAGCAACGCGCCCAUCGACCUCCGCACCGUCUCUCCACAGAUUGCACGCACCUGGGGGAAGAGGCAGGUCACCGUCGAAGACAUCCGCCGGUGCAUCGCCAUUCAGUCCCAUGCGAACCCCGCCUCUACUACUGCUUCAACCACAACAAGCACCACCACGACGUCCGCCCCGUUCAUCGUCUCGGACUAUGGCAGGGGCAGAGUCUGCGUGGAGCUCGCUCCCGGCCACAAUGGCUUGGCCAUCAACGAGGACCGCCUCAACAUGGCCUUCGAGGCCAAUCUGCGCGCACUUUGCGCCGAGCGCGCCGUCGACGACAUGGCCGACGUGGACGUGCCGCUGGCGAGCCUCUCCCUCGCCGACCUGCCGCAGGCGGCCAUCACGGACAUGGGCGCCUCCGCGAGGGUCAACCCCAUGCUCAGCAAGGGCCACCGCGCGCUCGCGGACUUGCGCGGCGGCAUCCUCGCCAAGCAGCAGGAAAGGGAGGCCAAGCAGCAAGCCGCGGCGAGCAGCACCGCGGCCACCACCGCCGACGGCCCCAAGAUGAGCCUACUGGACCGCCUCCGCCUCAAGCAGGCCACCAGGGCCAACGAGGCCGCUCCGCCGUCCGGGCCCGAGCUGCAACGCCGCGCCGCGCUAAACCGCGUCGCCGACGUGGCCGCCACCAUCUCCAUGCUCAGCCUCUCGAACCCCCUGUCCCUGCCCCGGCAGGCCUUCACCAUGGCCGCCAUCUUGGAGAAGCUCAAGGACUCGCUCCGCGUGCCCGUCUCGCGCGAGGAGGGCACCGCCUGCGUACGGCUCAUCGCCAGCGAGGUGGCGCCCGAGUGGCUCCGCGUCGUCACCAUUGGCGGCCGCGAGAACGUGGUGGUGCAGAGGAACGGCCAGCCCGUCGACCGGGUCAUUCACGAGCGCGUGCAAAAGCUGUUGGCGGCUUGA